AUGGCAGACGUCAACCUCCAAGAAGUCCACGACUUCAUGAUCUCCAUUGCCAAACAAGCUGGCGAACGCAUCGUCUCGGCAAAACCCACAACACAAGGCUCAGGGUCGAAGAAGAACUCCGUCGACCUCGUCACAGAAACGGACCGCGCAGUCGAGAACCUCAUUUCGACGUCGCUACGCGAAAAAUAUCCAAACUACGAAUUCAUGGGCGAAGAAACAUACAAACCAGGCGACAAGCUCACCUCGGCACCAACCUUCAUCUGCGAUCCCAUUGACGGAACAACAAACUUUGUGCACCGCUACCCUUAUGUUAGCAUCUCACUCGGUCUAGCGAUAAACCGUAAGCCUACGGUAGGAAUCGUGUACAACCCUUUCACGCAAACGUUGUACUCUGCGAUUAAGGGACAAGGCGCGUAUCUGAACCAGACGACCAAGUUACCAUUAUCACCGCCAACGCCUUUGGAGACGCUGAAUUCGUGUUUGGUUGCUGUGGAGUGGGGGAGUGAUCGGAGUGGGAAUGAUUUCAAGGUCAAGAGUGAGACGUUCAAGAAGUUGGCAGCUACAAAGGAGAAUGGGGGUGGUAUGGUGCAUGGAUUGAGGUCGUUUGGCUCAGCCGCGCUGAAUCUGUGUGGGGUUGCAAGUGGAGGAUUGGAUAUCUAUUGGGAGGCGGGAUGUUGGGCGUGGGAUGUUUGUGCUGGGUGGAUUAUUCUGGAGGAAGCUGGGGGUAUGGUGGUUGAUGCUAACCCAGGGAACUGGAACCCGGAGGUUGAGGGACAGAGGUAUUUGGCUGUGCGAGGGGGCGAGGGACAGAAGGAGAUUAUCGAGGAGUUUUGGGGGUUGGUUGAUGGUGCGUUUGAGGUGGGUUCGUAG